AUGCAUUCGAUAAAAUGGGCCCUUCCCAUCCUUCUACUUAACGUCUUCGUAAGCAGAUGCGCCCCGGUAUUCUUUAACAAGAAUCUGGAUAAAUGGACAAAGGAACUUUUAAAGGUUUCAAAAAAUGAAUACAGCAAUUUGGACGAAGCGAAAAGUUUUGCCAAUAGAAAAUAUUGCGGUCAGUCCCUUAAGCACUUGGCAGGGUUAAUCUUAGACAAAACGGAUAAAGAAGGAAAGCUAAUCAUUGAAGGGUCCAUAGUUUCUAAUAAGCUAAUUCUAAGAUUAGGAAAUAUAAAGGAAAAAGAAAUAAGCAUAAAGGAUAUACUUCUGCCAAUAGAAACAUUAUCCAGCAAAUGCAUUAACAUACGAGAGGGAAAAAAUAAGGAUGAUUCUACCAUUCUAUGUUUGGCUAGUAAAGUCCUCAGGAACUUCUGGGUCAACUCUAUAACGGAUGCGGUUCUGUGCAAAAUGACAAAAAAUAGGGGAAAACUACCAGAGUAUAACUAUGCCCAGGCAGGCAAUGACAAAGAGGAAGAGCAAAAUGAGAAGGAGGGCGAAGAGGAUGAAGAUGCAAACCUGGAACAACCAGGCGAACCAAACGAAUCACUAAAAAAGAAAGCAAACACCCAACAGAAGGAACAAAAGCUAGCUAUGAAAAAAAUUAUCAACGAAGAAUUCGAUGAAGAACAGGAAAAUGAACCCAAGGGGCUAAAAGUGCGAAUUGCCAAAAGUAAAUUCGGAAGCCCGCAAGUAAAAAUCAACGGCAAAAGCGUCGACGAAGUUCAAAAGAACGGGUCUGAGAAAGGGACGAACGAAACGGAAGAAACGGAAAACCAGAACAUGGAGGGGUCCAUCGAAUCGAAUGAAACUGCUGAUGAAGGAGAAGUGGAAGAAGAAUGA